AGGCUCGGUUUAAAGUUCACAGUUCAUAGAGGCAGCUCCAACAAGAAGCCCCAUUUUCUAGUCGCGGCGCCACCAGAGAGGCGCAACGCGGGACUGCAGCUCCAGCACACCGCGGCGAACCGCUUCGUCUGACGCCCACCAUGUUGAGGAGACCUCUGCUGACCGCCGCCAAGCGAGGCACGAGCCUUCUGCCGCGCGAGGACAUGAAGAAAGCGGCGGGAAGGGCUCCUUCACUUCUCCUCGGGCUACUUCGGCGCCACCAAACCUCCGCCACCGUGGGUGUCGACAAACAGAAAACUCUGGAUGAUUUGGGGGGGCCGAGUUUCCUGACGACCCUAAACUGGCUGUUUGUUAAAGGCUAUUUUAAAACGACGCAGCAACUACAGAUUGAACACAAGAAGAUCUAUGGUCCCAUUUGGAAGUCUAAAUAUGGUCCUUUGGUUGUGGUGAACGUGGCCAGCGCCGACCUCAUAGAGCAGGUCCUGAGGCAGGAGGGGAGAUACCCGGUCCGCUCAAACAUGCCACACUGGAGGAGCUACAGAGAACUCAAGAACAAAUCCCAUGGACCUCUGACAGAGAUGGGAGUCAAGUGGCAGCGCAUUCGCAGCAUCUUGAAUCCCCGGAUGCUAAAGCCUGUGCACGUGUCGUCUUACACAAACACCAUCAAUGACGUGGUGACAGACUUUAUUGAGAGAAUUUCCUGGCUGAGGGCCUCCGGUGACCAGGGUAUCAUGGUCAAUGACCUGACGGGAGAACUCUACAAAUUUGCAUUUGAGGGCAUCUGCUCGGUGUUGUUUGAGGCUCGGAUGGGCUGCAUGAACGAGGUGGUGCCAGAAGAAACGCAGAAGUUCAUCUUCUCCGUCGGUGAAAUGUUUCGUCUCUCCCCCAUCGUUGUCCUUUUCCCAAAAGUCCUAUGGCCGUACUUGCCUGCCUGGAAACAGUUUGUCGCAACCUGGGAUCACCUCUUCAGUGUUGCUGAGGAUUUGGUGAAGAAGAAAAUGGAGGAGAUCCAGCAGCAUGUGGAUACGGACAGGGAGGUGGAGGGAGCGUACCUCACACACCUGCUGCUCAGUGACCAGAUGACAGUCACAGAGAUCCUGGGCAGCAUGACGGAGCUUCUGCUGGCGGGAGUCGACACCACCUCCAACACAAUCGCCUGGGCUUUGUAUCACUUAGCCAAGGAGCCAGAAAUUCAAACGAAGUUGUAUCGAGAAGUUAUUGAAGUUUGUCCAGGAGACAAGGUGCCGACCAGCAGUGACAUCAAUCAGAUGCCAUACCUGAAAGCCGUCAUCAGAGAGACGCUGAGGUUGUAUCCAGUGGUCCCUUCAAACGCACGUGUCACGGUGGACGAUGGCGUCGUAGUUGGAGGUUACGUCUUCCAAAAACAGACAUUAUUCCACCUUUGUCACUACGCCGUGUGCUACGACGAGAGUAUCUUUCCUGACCCGCACACCUUCCUUCCACAGCGCUGGCUCAGAGGAAUGGAUGACAGGAUCAAGCAGCACCCGUUCGGGUCGGUGCCGUUCGGCUUCGGGGUGCGGGCGUGCUUAGGCCGGCGGGUUGCUGAGCUGGAGAUGUACCUUUUACUGUCCAGGCUGCUGAAGAGUUAUGAGGUGAGGCCCGAUCCAGCUGGAACUGAAGUGAAGCCCAUCACCAGAACCCUGCUUUGUCCUGCUGAACCCAUAAACCUGCAGUUCCUGGACAGAAAAGCUUAGAAAUGCCAGGAAUGAAGGCAGCAGCCUCUGUGUAACCUGCAUUAGCAUGCACACUGUGUAGUCCUUCUUUCACCGAGUUCCUGGUUGUAGAGUUCACAUCCAGACGACUGAAACGCUCAAACGCUGAGGGGAAAAAAACUGGAAAACCAGGUAGACCACGUGCUGACAUUUCACUUACUGUUCAUUCACCAUAGUUUCACCAAUAACUGGACUUUUUUCCUUUACUACCAAGAUUUAUAAAUGUUUCCUUUUUUAUGUCUCUGUGCUGUAGAUUUGAUUAUGGAUCUGACUUUUUGGGUUAUUUUUUUUACAUUUCUUUGUAAUAUUUGCAUUUUUUUUUCAUGUUUCUUUCUUUAAAAAACUUGAAAUAACUUUAACCCCCCCAAUUAAAAACAGACCUCUUCUUU